AUGCCGGAUAUGGUUACAAAGCUGACCAGCUUCUGGAAAGGAGUAGUGCAGAAUGAAGGGAGGGGAGAAUCGCCCAGCAUCCCACCACACCGGCCACAUUUCUCAUGCCUUCCGUCCCUAUCCCCAGUUCCCUUCUCUCUUCCCCUGAGCGACACGCUCCUUUUCUGGGUUUCUGCCGUUGCUUUCCUGGAGCUUAGAUGGGGUUCGGGUCCGAGGGUGGAAGGCAGGGGGGUUUUCCCGGUGAGGUUCCCGGAGCCCCCUCCUGGCCUCGGUAGAGAUGCCUUGUUCCAACAGAGCCUAGGAGACUGA